CGAUUUAUGGUAACAUCUGAUUGAAGUACAGGUUAAGUGUUGAGAGUUCUUGCCCUUUCAAACUCAACAUUUCAUUCAUUUUUGUUUUAAUAAUUCGUGGUCAUAUUCAUUUAAUAAUACAUAUUCCAAAAUGUCUUUCAUGGAAAAAGUCGGUACCAUUUGGAAAAGACCCGGUGAAGAUGUUGUGCCAAAAGAUGAAGUACCUUUAUGGCUUAAAUAUGGUGCAAGAGCACUUGGAACUUGUGGUGGUGGAAUCGCUAUAUUUUUGGGUCUUUGGAAUUGUUUUUCAAUCCUUUUUGGUGGUGUAGAUUGUUUAUUAAGUGGCAUGUGGCAAAUGAUAGCAGGAUUUGUAGUCAUUGUUAUUGAAGCUCCUUGCUGUUGUUUCUUCAUAGAUUUUGUCCACACAUUCAGUGAUUGGGCUGACAAAAGGCCUUUUUGGCAUCGUGCAGUCUUCUAUUUGUUAAUUGGUUUCCCACCUAUAAUAUUGUGCAUAGGACUUGGUAGCUUUUUCGGAAGUGGAUUUAUCAUCGGAUGUGGUGUUCUGUAUGGUAUUAUGGCUCUUGGAAAGAAAGCCCCACUGGAGGAAAUGCGGGUCCAGGCAGCCCAGCAACAAUUGGGUAACAGCAACAAAUCUAAUCUUAACUUGGUUGAGAAUGCAACUUCGAUCAGUAUCAGCCCUCCUCCAGUCUAGUAGAAUCUCCUUUAUGUAAUCUCUUUUUAAAUUUUUUUUUUUUUUUAAUUUAAAUAUUCCUUUAAGCAAAUAUUUCUUCUGUACUAGUCGAGGUAAUUAUCCUCCACCAUUCUAUAUUUUUUAAUGGGUGUACCUCUACAUUAGAUGAACUUUACUUGAUAAUUUUUUCAAUUGUUCUUGACUGAACGCUA